GUAGAGAUGCCACACUCGCUCCGCGGUUCGCAUGGCGCUCUGAAGACGCCGGCGCCCGCCGCCUUGAGGAGCCGCUGCCCCCGCUCCCUGAAGAUGGGGGAACAAUGAAAUAAGCGAGAAGAUUCUUCUUCUCCCCCCUCUCUCUCUUGCCCCCUCCCCCCUCCCCUCCCCUCUCCCCUCGACUCCUCUCGGAGGCACCAUGCUGACCCGCCUGUUCAGCGAGCCCGGCCUCCUCUCAGACGUGCCCAAGUUCGCCAGCUGGGGCGACGGCGACGACGACGAGCCGAGGAGCGACAAGGGCGACGCGCCGCCUCCGCCUCCGCCUGCGCCGGGCCCGGGGGCUCCGGGACCCGCCCGGGCCUCCAAGCCGGUCCCCCUCCGUGGAGACGAGGUGCCGGAGGCCGCGCUGGCCGAGGUCAAGGAGGAAGGCGAGCUGGGGGGCGAGGAGGAGGAGGAAGAGGAGGAGGAGGAAGGGCUAGACGAGGCAGAGGGCGAGCGGCCCAAGAAGCGCGGGCCCAAGAAGCGAAAGAUGACCAAGGCGCGCCUGGAGCGCUCCAAGCUGCGGCGGCAGAAGGCGAACGCGCGCGAGCGCAACCGCAUGCACGACCUGAACGCGGCGCUGGACAACCUGCGCAAGGUGGUGCCCUGCUACUCCAAGACCCAGAAGCUGUCCAAGAUCGAGACGCUGCGCCUCGCCAAAAACUACAUCUGGGCGCUCUCGGAGAUCCUGCGCUCGGGCAAGCGGCCCGACCUGGUGUCUUACGUGCAGACGCUGUGCAAGGGUCUGUCGCAGCCCACCACCAACCUGGUGGCCGGCUGCCUGCAGCUCAACUCGCGCAACUUCCUCACAGAGCAGGGCGCUGACGGCGCGGGCCGCUUCCACGGCUCGGGCGGCCCGUUCGCCAUGCACCCCUACCCAUACCCGUGCUCGCGCCUGGCUGGCGCACAGUGCCAGGCGGCCGGCGGCCUGGGCGGCGGCGCGGCGCACGCCCUGCGGACCCACGGUUACUGCGCCGCCUACGAGACGCUGUACGCGGCGGCGGGCGGCGGCGGCGCAAGCCCGGACUACAACAGCUCCGAGUAUGAGGGCCCACUCAGCCCGCCGCUCUGUCUCAAUGGAAACUUCUCGCUCAAGCAGGACUCGUCGCCCGACCACGAGAAGAGCUACCACUACUCUAUGCACUACUCGGCGCUGCCCGGUUCGCGGCCCACCGGCCACGGGCUGGUCUUCGGCUCGUCUGCUGUGCGCGGGGGCGUCCACUCGGAGAAUCUCUUGUCUUACGAUAUGCACCUUCACCACGACCGAGGCCCCAUGUACGAGGAGCUCAAUGCGUUUUUCCAUAACUGAGACCUCUCGCCAGUCCUCUUCUUUUUCUUUUGCCUUUGCCCGCUCCCCUGCCCACAGGCCCCCGAGCGCAGGGACACCCCCACCUACCCCAGCGUCGGGCGCGGGGCACGGGCCGCCGGGCCUGCCGCUCUCCUGGGCAGCGCGGUCUUCUUACCUGUGGGUGGCCCGUCCCAGGGGCCUCGUUUUCCCCAGGGGACUCGCCUUCUCUCUCCCCAAAGGGUUCCCUCCUCCUCUCUCCCUGGGAGUGCUUCUCCAGGGACCCCUCUCCGGGCGCUCCCUGGAGACCCUCGGCCCAUUCCCAAUCCCUCCACUUAGGUUUCCUCCUCCCCCUCCCCCUUGCAGGUCCAAAGGCGUUGGUAAGGGGGCAGCCGAGCUGUGGGAUGCGAUUUUUCCCCUCUCAUUAUUACUAUUUUUAAAACAGACACCGAGCUGCAGAGGCAGAAAGGAGCCGGGACCUCCUCUUUUUUGAAGAGGGCAGAAGUAAGGGCACCCCAGCCCGGGUCUGGAAAGCCUCCACCCCCAAUCCCGAGUCUCAGCAUUUUGGGGUUUUAAUUUUGGCGGGAGGGGUUGUGGAUUGAGAGGAAAGAGAAAGACCAAGACAAUUUGUAACUAGAAUCCGUUUCCCCCUUCCCCUUUUUUAAACAAACAAACAUACAAAAAAACAAAAACAAAAACAAAAGCUAAGAGGAGACGGAGGCCGAACGCAGAGUCCGGAUCGGAGAGAAAACGCAGUAAGAACUUUUAGAAGCAAUAAAAGGCAAAAAAAAAAAAAAAAAUACUACUACCAAUAAUAAAAAGACACAAAUAUCUAUGCAAGGAGGUUCUGACGGAACCUAGCUGCCCGGCCCGGCCCCGGGAUGCCCCUCCCGGCCCGCGGGCCGCGCCGCCCCAGCGCGGAUCUGUGCACUUUGGUGAAGUCGGGGGGCCGACGCCGCCCCCUCCCCCUCCCCAGGUUCUUUCAAUCAGUGACUCGGAGAUUUGGGGCCCCAGUGCCACUGCCCUCCCCCGCCCCGUCCCCGUUGUGCGUCAUGCUGUUUUUUAAAAAAUCUGUUUCCAAAUUUGUACGGAAUGGCAAACUGUUGGGGGGUCGGUUUGGGGAGGGAGGGUUUGCAUGAGAGACACACACACACGCACACCACACCGCACGCACACGCAGGCCCGGCGAGGGACUCCGGGGGCAGGGAGAGGCUAGCUCGCCGAGCCCCUCUCCUCUCAGGCACCUCCGAGCUCUCCUGGGGUAAGCGAGGAGCCAGCCCCGUCUCUGCCCAGACUGUGCCUGGGAGGGCGCCCGGCGCCGAGCGAUUUCCGGUGGCUGGAGAGGGAAUUUUUGUCCCAGGUGUCCUCCUGGCUCUGGCUGGCCGUUGGGCGGGUAGAGCGCUGAGAGCUCUUCGGGAAGUUUCCCCAAAAGGGGGCAAAAGAAGAACCUCUCCCCACCGGAGGCAGGGGAUCAGGCAUCCAAACACACGACGCAAAAAUGCAAAUCCACAGGCGAUACAACCACACACUCACACACGCACACUCACACGCAAUUUUACCUUCCUCUUGUAGCGAAGCUGAAACUCCCGUCGGACACCCGAAGUGCAUUGCGUGUUUCUGUUCAGUUUAAUGACAAUUAAUAAAUAUUUAUGUAAAUGAGAUGCAAAGCCGGA